GGAAAGAAGGAAGCUGCUUUCACGUCUGAGUGGAGGCUUGCGCAGAAAGGGGGGUAUGUUGAAAAGGCUGGGUUCUGGACCACCUCCCUAUGAAAGUCUCUCUGCAACAGGCCGGCAGGGUCGGACCAGAUGCCGUUACAAGCCUUACGUGGAGUAGCUGGCUUAAAUUUCGGCAUCGUCAACUUGUGGCCAUGAGUCCCGGAAGCCUGUCAAGCCUUACCCGGAGUCUUUCCUUUUGCACCUCCUGCCUUUCAGCUUCACUGGAUAAUCCCAGACUCCCUUCCUGGAGUAGAAGAGAAGUAUCCUGCUCCUUUCCUCAGUGAUCCACAGAUACUUCCUAGAAUCCUUACCGCUUCCCCUACCCUGCGGGUGCCCAAUGUCAAGGUUUUCCCUGCCCGAGAGUGAGCUGAAGCCCUACAAGAUGCACGUCCAGGCUGUGUCGCUUGAGAAACACUUUUGCUAUCCUCAUUUCUUCAUCUUUCCUUGACCUUCUUUCUUUUAGCCUUGCAAGCUCUUCUCCACAGAAGAGCAGCUGCUGAAGGUCCAGGCGCAGCUGUCCUUGGCUAUCAGUUAACCCUUCUGAAUCACUUUGCCUUCUGAAUCUGAUGUGACCUUUGAACCCAGGCUUCCCAGCACCAAAUUUCUGCUGGGUGUAGCAAAAGCAUUCAUAGCACUGCUUGGGAGGUUUGAUUUUUGUCUCUUGAUUCACGCUGUGGCCUUUGGCUGGUCUUUGUUGCAGGUGGGAGUCUCUGUGCUAUGUCUUUGGGGGCCCAGCACCCAUAUUCCUGGAUGCCCAUAAUCCGCUCUUAGCUCUUACGCCAGGCGUCCUUGAUCUCCCACGUUAAUGUGGAGCGUGUUGUGCUUUAAAGUGCUCAGGAAAAUGCAGCGACGCCACAGUAGCAUCACUGACAGCCUUCCUCCAGAAAGAAGCCGGAGCCAAGCCGUCACCUCCGAGAGCAGCGUGGACGAAGGUGGCGUUUUUGAAAGCCUCAAGACGGAAGCCCCCUCCCCUCAGCUUUUCUCGGGGCUGGGGGGGAUCCCCUCGGGCAGCCUCUCCGCCACCCCUUUCCAGUCGAGUCUGGUCCUUGGAUCCUCAGCCGGAGGAGCAGAGGUGUUCAUUCAGAUGCCCGCUGCCCGGGAGGAGGGGCCGAGCCGGACAGAGGCGGGGCUUUAUCACUAUCGGCAACCGCACCAUUACCAUCCCAGCCACCCGAGAGGGUCCUCCCUGCUCCACAUGGGUGGUGCUGAGCGCCACGGGCAUCCCGAAGAGACGGCCGAGGAUCCGCCUGGCACCCCAGCGCCCGCUCUUCCCGAGAUGAAAGCCAUGAUCUCGUGGCUGCAGGAGGGGCUGCCCUUCAUCCUGAUCCUUCUGGCUAAACUUUGUUUCCAGCAUAAAUUGGGAAUUGCUCUCUGCGUGGGCAUGGCCAGCACAUUUGCAUAUGCAAAUUCAGCCCUCCGGGAACAAGUCUCCUUGAAGGAAAAGAGGUCUGUCUUCAUGGUUUUCUGGAUCUUGGUCUUCCUCGCAGGGAACACCCUAUACUUGCUCUACACUUUCAACUCCCAGCAGCUGUAUAACAGCCUCAUCUUCCUGAAGCCCAAUCUGGAGAAGCUGGAUUUUUUUGACCUGAUGUGGAUUGUGGGGAUUACAGAUUUCGUCCUGAAGUAUCUCACCAUUGCUUUGAAGUGCCUGGUGGUGGCCCUGCCCAAAAUCAUCCUUGCUGUUAAAUCAAAGGGGAAGUUCUACCUGGUCAUUGAAGAAAUAAGCCAGUUGUUCCGUUCACUGGUCCCCAUCCAGUUGUGGUACAAAUACAUCAUGGGGGAUGAUCCAUCCAGCAGCUAUUUCCUUGGGGGGAGUCUUCUCAUCAUGUACAGCCUCUGCAAAUCUUUUGACAUCUGCGGCCGUGUGGGAAGCGUGACACGGGCAUUGAAAGUCCUCUGUGCUCCUCAGAGCUAUGGGGUCCGUGCGACCAACCAGCAGUGCAGUGAGGCAGGGGACAUCUGCGCCAUCUGCCAGGCUGAGUUUAGAGAAGCGGUGAUGCUCUUAUGCCAGCAUGUUUUCUGUGAAGAAUGCCUCUGCCUCUGGUUUGACCGAGAGAAGACUUGUCCUCUCUGCCGCUCUGUGGCCGUGGAAACCCUGCGGUGUUGGAAGGACGGUACCACUUCUGCUCAUUUCCAGGUGUAUUGACUUGCAGGAUGUGCCAAGAAAUGUUAGCUGGCAAGACAUCUUCUGGAGAAGGGUGAGAGGGAGCGUUCUUCAGAAUAUCUGUCUGGAAUCACUGUAUCUCCCACUUCCCUGCAUAAGGCAAGUUGUAAGUUCUCCAUCUUCUCUCUGGAGCAUCAGUAAUUGGUGGAAACUUUAACGUUCACUUCCUUUCAUUCUUUCAUUGCUCGUUUGAGUGCUUUACUCCAAGACAAUUGGAUACUUAGUUGAGAUACUGAGGACAUCCAUCCUAUCUCUUAGAUAGCUCUUGGGAGAUAUGGGGGUGGGGUGGGGUGAGGUGGGGGGAAUCACAUAGGCUGGUAAUUAACCAAUGGAACUCAUAACCACAAAUAAGUCUACCAAUGGCUACUAAUUGUGAACGCCACCAUAUCCAGAGGUGUUCGGUCAUUGGGUAUAGAAUUAGAAGAGGAUCACGGCCUUCAAGCCUGAGCUUGUCCACAUCUGGCUAGCCUCUUUUGGGAAAAAAGGAUGGAUGUAGAUGAAUUUAAUCUCUGAUCCAGUAGGAUCCUUUGGAUGUUCUAAGAGAAAUUUAGGUUUUCUACUAUCGUCGUCCAGAUGAGUUGUUUUCAAAAGAUGGUCAUAGGUGAUUGAUAAUUGUCAUCUCUUCGCUAAUGUGUGAUUGUUUGAGAAUGCAACAUAUGCCCAAGAUUUUCUCCCCUGGUUCUCCUGGAUUUUAUUUUCAAAGGUUGGGUGGAAUAUUUAUUUAAUGGCCUUUCGCCUCUAAAUGCUAAUAAAGACUUGAUUUACCCAGAAGUAUUGAAAACAAUUCAACUAUGCACGCAAAAUUCAUAAUUUGGAGAAAGCUGGGGAAGAAGAUACAAUUUGCAGAGUUUGGUUGGAUGUGGUCUUCUGGGUUUGUAAUUUCCUUUGAGUCAGGUAGCACUAUAGUUUGGGAGAAGUAGCCCACUUGGCUACAACUGGAGAAAGUUAAACUCAAACACCAAUUAAAAAAAAACAAGGCUGAGGAAAAGAUUGGUGUAAAGAAUUCUGAAAUGUAGCGUUUUGUCUGUUGCAUUCUGUGGGCCCCCGAUGUCCUAGAAUAUGAAACAGUUCUCUGAUCAUUUCAACUCAAAGGCAAGAUGUGUCUGGUUUUAGUUUGGCAUGCUAUGUAAACACCCACUAUUGUGAUUUGCACACCAGGGAACGCCUUAACUCAGUGGGUGAACUUGGCCAGUCUUGACUUAUUCAACGUUACUGUGAUGUGUGACUCAGCCCUUCCUUGAGGAAGAAAGCUUUAAAGGGGGAGUGUGGGAAUAGUUUCCUUCACUGAGAUGGUGAAGACCCCAAGAGAUAUCUCUUUUGACUAAGGUGAUCCCGCGGGCUAAGUCAGAUUCCCAUUUGGGAAUACGUUUGUGUGAUAGCAUCAGUUUUCUGGCUGGGGGUGCAUAGCAAGGAACCAGUCUGCGUGUUUGGAUCUCUGUACACACGUGAUCUUUUCACGAUCUGCUUUGUUUUCAGUGAAGUGUGUCAUGAAAAGCACUUUCCUCAUUAGCAUUCUUCAUACUAGUAACACAGGUGUGAUAUAUGUGACUGCAGCUAGAACACAAUUGUGACCACAGAGUCAAACUUCCAGAAUCCACAUCUUAUAUCCUUAGUCUCUGUUCUUGGUGUCUCUCCAAACUGCCAUAACUUUACUAAGUUUUGCUCUUCUCAUUGAACAGGGACUGACU